AGGAGUUUGAUUUCAAACAGCCGAAGUUGCAAUUCUUAAUCAUGUCUGGAAGAGGCAAAGGCGGUAAGGGACUUGGAAAAGGAGGCGCCAAGCGUCACCGCAAGGUUUUGCGUGAUAACAUCCAGGGAAUCACCAAACCCGCAAUCCGUCGUCUCGCUCGCCGUGGUGGAGUCAAGCGUAUCUCCGGUCUGAUCUAUGAGGAGACUCGCGGUGUUCUCAAGGUGUUCCUGGAGAAUGUGAUUCGUGAUGCUGUUACAUACACCGAACACGCCAAGAGAAAGACCGUGACCGCCAUGGAUGUUGUGUACGCUCUGAAAAGACAGGGUCGCACUCUGUACGGCUUUGGAGGUUAAAUAUUUUCUUUACAACACUAAAUCAACGGCUCUUUUAAGAGCCACCCAUAUCAUCAUAGAAAGAGUACGUUUUGUGAGAAAAGUAUUGUGAGUUUUACAACAUUGCACAUAAAUGAGCUGAGGUCAAGUAAUUGAACGUUUGCCUUGAUAAAUCUUAAGAAUUUAUCUUGUUGAAUGCUUAAUAAAACUUAUAACUAAUAUAUUUUCUUUUAAUCUCAAAGCGUGUAGAAUGGAUAACUGAGCGGGGAAAAUUGUAACCCGUUUGAAUAUUUGGUGUGUAAUUUCACAUUAAAGUAGGAGGUAUAUAUUCUCUUUGAACUGCAGUUAAGCCGCGUUGACUUUUACAUAUUGGAUUAUAUCAUUCAAACAAACUGAUAAAUAUAAGUGAUUAAUUUUAUAUUAUCAGGUAAAAAUUAAAUUUUAUGGCCGCAAAGUUGAUAAAAACACAUCAGUAAGUUAAUAACCCUCAUUAUUUAUCUCCACGUACACUUAGUGUAGUAAAUGCAGUAUCAGCAGGAUUUGUGUCAUUUUUGACAGACUUUAUUGAAAAAAAAAAUGAAUAUAAAAAUAGAAAUGUGAUAAGAAAUCAA